AUUUUUUCUGCGAACAUUUCAAACACUAAAGAAGAUUCAACUGUUGACAAUAGCCAACUAUCUUCCGUCUAUCAGUCAUAUUCUUCGACACCGACGCAACCGACGCAACUGUCACCGAAAGCCUCAACACUGAAUAGCAACCUAGUCAGAGAUUCCAGUUCUAAAGUUGGGCAAACAGGACAGCAGAUUCUGAGCACAUCGCAUACUGUUCCUUUCCUCUCUUCCACAAUCUUGGGAAACUGCAGUUCACAGGCGGAUCCAGGACAUCAUGUUACGUCUUUACAAACAAGCUUGAGAGGGUCAGAGUCGCAGAUAUCACAGCGGUCACAUAUAGCAUGGAGGAAUCACAGCAAUGGAAUAACAUUACACACUUUACCUAGUAAGGCGUCUUUUGAACCACACCCGGACAUUCUCGAAUCUUCAAUGAGAACGAAGACUUUGGUAACCAAAAUGGACCACGGACAUACAGAAUCCGUUUCUACUGCGCAUGUCAGCGUGACUUCAGCCACGUUACCCACUUCAACCAAUUGGAAGCUCUACUACAAUAGGACACAAGAGUCGUCAAUUGUGAGAAGCCAAACUAGAAGGACUUUAGCACAGUCCACAUGGAGAACCCAUGGCGUACCUGGCUAUUAUCACCACAACAGCUCUCAAAGGAGAUCUUUUUCAACAGCUAAAAGCACAAUGCAAUCGACCUGGAGGCCAAAUGUCGAUGGGGAAAACGUUUAUCCUACUACCACGAGUUAUGUUAAACUGACUAGCUUUCAGUCAUCAGUGAUGUUGUUACCAAGUAUCUAUAAUAGUGUUGAAGCAUCAAGUAUAAGGCGUAUUCAAACUCAAAAUAGCAUGUUGACCUUGACAACGCUUGGCCAGUUUUGUCAGCAAGCAGGUAACUAUUACAGGGAAAGAAAGCACUAGAUUUCAGAAUAAAAAUAGGUGAAGUUGAAGCUCGUUGAAUUUCACAUAAGCCCUAGCUUAAGCUAGGGUAAAUCGGGCAACUAAAACGAGCAAAUUGUUUUGUUCAAGUUCCGUAUAGUUGUUGCAGAAACUAGUACUACCCUCCACUAAAGGCAACCUGGAAUCAAUUUAGGUUUCUGGGAAACUGCCCACUUACCCCUCCCCAAGCUAACAUUAAUACUUACUUCUCACUUAGGGCAAAAUGAUGGCUUAGGGGAGGGGUAGGUGGGCAGUUUCCCAGAAACCUAAAUUUAUCCGCAACCUGCAACAUCCUGAUUCUGCGUGAUUCGUUUCAAGGCAGGUUUGAUUCGCGGGUGGUAAAAUGCGCAACAUCGCUUUUUAACUCGUUUUGCAGCAAUGUUGCAAAACCAGUUGUACGUGUUUGUUGCCCGAUUCACCAUAGGUUUAUUCUUAUGAUUUGCAACUGAUAGCCACCGUUAGCUACCAAGCAUGAAGGUUUUCUGGAGGCACUGAUUUUCAACCACUAGUCUCCGUUUAGGGUUGCACCUAUCAAACUGUUAAGUUAAAUAAGCAGAAUGAUCCUAGGUUUACGUCAUCUCUUUUGCUCCUAGGUUCCUCAUCUCCUCCGAUGGUACCUCCAACUCAAACUUCUCCGCUGCUGUUCACAAGAGAGACAAUCAUUUCACCUACUCAGAACCAAAGCAAAAUUACAUGGCGCUAUACAGUAAAUAUGUCUGAAACGAUACGCAGCAACUUCAAUGCCAUGCAUAGCUCAUCCCUAAAUACUCCUCAAAAUGGAGUUACACUAUCUUCAGAUGUUACAAGACCAAGCAACCACAUAUUCACGCUGGCAACAAAGAGGGAAAUUUUGCAUUCGACUGAGCAAUCUUCAAAAGCUGUCACAAGAUCAAGCGAUCACGACGAUCACACAUUUUCGCUGUCAAUUUCGCACCCGAAUGUUGCUUUUCCGUCGUCCGAUAGUCAAAAUACAGAAAUGGUGUACCCUUCACGAACAUCCGCGACAAGUUUAAUAUCCGGAAGUUACGUGGGUGUUGCCAGUUCUCGUUCAGAAUCGUACCAGGUCAAUUCCGUAUUAUCCUGGGGAAGGAAGACUGUAGAAACAAAAACAGACCCCGGACAUAUAGAAACCAUUUCCAUCUCACAUACAAUAGCGACGUCAACCACAAGUGUGUGUUGUGAAGGAAGCAGCAUACACUGGCCAAGGGCAAUGGAAUCCAGCAUGCACCAAGCAAACAGAGAAAGCAUUCACGCCACCGAAAUGUUACAAAUGGUAACAGCACAAGAAACAAGCUACUUUAAAGUGUCUUUUGCUUGGACCGCUAGAUCCGAGAUGGAACAAGCUGAAAUAAAAACCAGUUCAUCUACACAAUCACCAUUAUCAACUUCUCAAGUCAGUACCACAUUGUCAAGGCUGUCCAUUACCAUAUCUCCAUCAAGAACAGGUUGGUUACAGAUUUGACCUUUUCAGUUUAAAGUUAAACUAACCAUACCAAAAACUGAGAAAAACGUAUUCUUGAUAACGCAGGUGAUUAAAUAACGUAGCAUUUAGGAGGUAGUCGAGUCUCGACGAACAGGAACAGGCAUGGUUAGAUCCAGUGGGUAAGGGGGGCGGGGGGUUGUUUAAUUAAUAAUUUCACCCUUCCUCACUUCAUUACAUUAGCCUCUACCAGAAAAAGGUAGUCAUAAGUAUCUCUUUUUCUCCGUAAAGGCCACUGAAGGCUUUGAAACUUUACUCUAUUGUGUUAAGUGCCCGUAACUAAAUUCAUGUCUGAGAGGCAAAGGCAACGCGUGUUGGUUCAAGUCUCAAUUUGAGCUACCAAAUGAAAAUUCCAUACGACUCAUUGGUGGUAAUUACUCUAGUUUAAAGUGGUUAUUUACUGAAGUCUUCCAGUCUGCUAAAUGUUUUUUAAGAUCUCGUGUUCCGGACCCCCACUACCGAAUGUCCCCCCACCCCGUUGCGCUACUGUUUGUUACGCCAAAUACAUUUCUCGCUACGUACUUCACGUACCCCUUCCUCAGCUCAGAUAUAAACUUGAACUCCCACCACUUAAAGUUCUGGAUCUGUCCAAGCAGGCAUGAAUGUCUCCAUCUGUAAGGCAAGGAACAUACUAAACUUUGCUUUUAUUAAAGGCUUCCUUCACCUCCAAGUAAAAUGCAUUGAACUUAAAUGUAGCGUAAGCCUGUCUCCGAAAUGUCACGACCAUCUCUGAGACGUUCGACUAGACAUGAUACUCUUUCUGUUUCUUCAGCAGAAGUAUAGUUAUUGGUACAAGAACCAGUUGCAACUUCUCUACAAACUCCCGUGUACAAACCCCUUUAAGUUUCUUAUUACAAACAGUUCAUGCCAAACUCCAUAAGAUAUAUACAUAUUUGUAACGCGAACAUAAAGCCUUCUCUUAGCCCUUCACUCUCCUUAUUGAAAAGGUUCGAUCGCACUAUCAUAGAAGUUUCCAAAUAGUUCAGAUACCACAGGCAAUAUAAUCUGCCAGAUACUGAUUUUAUUCUCUACGUUUGUCUUUUAGACCCAAGCAGUCCAGCCGUUGAUUUGACCACAUCCACCUUAACAUUUCCGUGGCACUUAAUUCCUUUCGUGGUAAUUUUAUUAGUAAUUUUUGUAGUUCUCGUUACCUACUGCUUACGCAUUCCUGACAUAACAGAAAAGAUUUUUCUCGCAUUAAAAGAAAGGAAAACGCAAAUUACGCGGUCCAGACAAGAGAAAAGCUUCGACGUAAUGAAAGGAAAUGUCUUGAACAAUUUUGAAGCUUCAACAUUCCAUUCCUAUCAAAGGGAGUUAUUUUACGAUGCGACGUUAAACUAUGCUAUGUUUAAGAAGAGUACGACAAGAGCUAUCGAGUUUUCCAUUCACCUAGACGAAGGGGACCAAAGUGCAGGGCCAGAAGAAGCUGUAGAAAUAUCUUGUGUAUUAGGAGAUGAACCUGCCAACGGAAAACAAGGGGGCGGCUCGCUAAGUGAGAUGUUUGAUAAGCAGUGA